GAUGAAUUUAUUUAAGUCUAAAAAAAAAGAAGAACCAAAGAAGAAACUCACUUUUACCAUCGUAUUUUUAUUAAUUUAGUUUAGGACAAACUAAACAUACUAUUUAUGACAGCUAAAGAAUAUAUUAAUCAUGACAAAUAGAAGAAGACAAAUGAAGCAAUGCAACAAGAAAAUAAAUUAAUUUCUAUGCUUAAAGCUCCUUAGAGAAAUAGAAAAGAUGAAGAGGUUCAAAUAAUCAGAAUUGUCAAUCUCAUUAAUACGAUUGAAGCCUAUGAAAAAGCAAUUAUGUAUAAAAAUUUAAUUUCAUACUCUUAGUCAGAUAGGUAACAUAGAUCAAUUUAAGAGUUAAAUAGUUUCAAGUUAAGGUGAUACUAAUAAAGUUUUACAGUUCAUGCCGUAAUAUUAAUUUUACUACUGUUAGUUAUAUUGCCAGUGUUUGUUACUAUAUUGAAAAUACAGGUGAUAUAAGAGGGGCUGGAGAUCUCAAAGAAAAAAUGAAUGAAUAUUAUGGAUGCGAUAUAGCCAAUACUUUUGAAAGAGCAGUUGAUCCUAAUGCUAAACUAUUAUUUGGUGUUCUAAAUCUCUAAUCUCCAUCUGUUUAAAAAUAUGCAUAAGAUUUUAGCAAAAAAUAUCAAUUUCUUGAUGUUCCUGGAUUAAACUAUUAGUUAUAACAAUCAUAAUAAUCUUUGAAUCCUAAUUAAUAUCCUUAAAAUCCUUUGGGAGGCUCGUCGUAGAAUUUUCCUUAAUAAGGAGGUAGCGGUUAUCCAUAACAAGGAGGUGGAUAUCCAUAAUAAGGAGGUGGUUAUACAUAAUAAAAGGGAGCAUAUCCAUAAUAAGGUGGAAUCUAUCCAUAAUAAGGAGGCUAUCCACAAUAAUAAGGUGGUUAUCCACAAUAAUAAGGUGGUUAUCCAUAAUAAUAAGGAGGAUAUCCUUAAUAAUAAGGAGGAUAUCCUUAAUAAUAAGGAGGAUAUCCUUAAUAAUAAGGAGGAUAUCCAUCAUAAUAAGGAGGUUAUCCAUAAUAAUAAAGUGGUUAUCCAUAAUAAUAAGGAGGUUAUCCAUAACAAGGCAGUAGUUAUCCAUAAUAAGGUGGAGGCUAAGCUUAAUAAAAUAUGGGAUAUCAAUAACAAUAGUAAAUAAAUUAAUCGCAAUAAUAAAGCAAUUACUAAUAUUCUUAAAAUAAUUAAUAAACAAUAUCAUAAAAUAACUGUUUUCCUAAUUACUAAUAGUAAAGCUCUAAUCCUUUUGAGCCAAUAAAUCGAAAUAGUUAAUAAAAUCUUUACCAAAAUAAUCCAAAUCAAUAUUAACCUCAGAUUUCUCAACCUAAAAUUGGAAUGCAAUAAAAGUAAGAUUCGAAUUAUAACUAUCCACAAUAAUAAUAAUAAUCAGUUUACAAUAAGUAAAACGAUCUUUCAUAAUAAUAAUAAUUUGAAGAUCCAUUUGCAAUUUUAAAUUAAAUAAAUAGUUAAAAAAUGGUUGAUUUGCCUCCUGUAAAUUAAAACUCUAUUAAAUAACCUAAUGAUCUAUAAUAACCAAAUAAUAAUUUAAAUUAAUAACCUAAUAAUUUAUUAAAUCAACAACCUAAUAAUUCAUAAAAAUAACAACCUGAUAACUCUUUGAAUUAACAACUUAACAAUCCUUUAAAUUAAAGUAGAGAUGAUGGUUUAUAAAAUUUGAACAAACAAACUUCUAUUAAAGAAAAUGAAAAUGAAAAAUUUAUAUCUCAAAGCCCUUAAAAUUAAAGUAAUUUAUUAUUUACUAAUUAUUAGAUGAUGUUACAAACAUUGGAGGUAACAGAGAUAGUAAAUUUAUUUAGAAUGACUAAAAAUUACAUGGAAGUAAGUUUAGAUAAUAGAUUUAGCAUAAUUGUCAGAUCCUUUGAGUAGUUAGCGAAUAUUUGAAACAACUACAAUAGAUUAGGAUAUGGAAUAUAGCUAGCCAAUUUAUCAAGAAGCAUAACCCUAGGAGAAUAAAAUAAUAAAUCAUGAUUUGAGAUCUUUGGAAAUAUUGCAUAAGUUUAAGAGUGGAUUUGGUUAAUCAAUAGAGGAGUCAUUAAGGCAAUUGUAGAAAGUGUGUUUAAGUAUUUGAGAGAAUUAUG